CGAGAGAUGACUGCGAAGAAGGCAACACAAAAACCCAGGCCAGUAAGCGUUCCUGCACGCCGAGCCAAAGAGUCUGGGUCUAUCCGCUGUGUAGUACUGAGCUGAUAGUGUUGCCGUGCAAAAGCACCGUCGCCGUAGGUGGGUUCCAUGGGGUGUAACUUUUAGGUAUAGUGCCACAUACAAAAAAGUUGUCUUUAAAGGAAGGAAAACAGCGAGUGAACAAAAACAAAAAAAAACCCGAGGGAAAAUUUGGGGACAGUGUGACAUGGUGACCAACGGCAAAGCAUGUUCAAGGGUUCUAAUAAAACGACCAAGAAAAGGAGUGCAAAGUGCAGUUGCAGUUGAUGAAAACCCGAGUAACCCGAGCUGGUAGUGUUCAACGUUUCAUUGCGCUGACUUACGGAUGCAUGCGGACCUAAGCGUGCGGUAGUGUGUGUUGAUACCGAGCGAGAUGAGGCCGUUAGAGGACAGUGCGAUGCUGUUGCUUCCUUCAACGAUUCCGCACCCGCCGAUGAGAGCAGCAGUUGAAGGAGGCAAUGGUCUAAUGUUGCGAACGGACUAGGUGGAAUUGGUGGCACGGGUUUUGGACGAUUUACGAGUUGUGGGGGCAGUUCAGGAUGGAUGGCGUCAUUUUCGGCACUCUAUCGUCGGGAGAAUCGUCCACUAAACGUUCAAGACCAAUAGAAACAAGUUAACAUGUGUAAACUAUGCAACAUGACACCGGUGAUGGACAAUCACAAUCAUCUACAGUAAGCAGCAAGUUAGAGCACCAACGCCACCCUAGAUAUGGAGCCCACCCAAUGGCGGUAUGUGGCAUACCCAUAAGGAUCAUUCAAGAAACGGCCAGUACUCGCUGUCUGAGCGGCCCGUUUGAGUGCGGUACCUUGCAAUAGACCAGUGACACACCAGUUUGGCAGAAGCGGCGACUGCGAGAGGGAAAUGCAUUUUUGGAUUGAUAAACGUUCGCAAGCGUGUGGUUUCGGAAGGGCCCGGGUAGCAGCAUCGUUGUCGGGCGGGGGAGGUCUAGGGUUUGGCCAUCCGCGCCGCGUGCCACGGAAAUCAAUGGUCACUCCAAUUCAUCGGUUUCAAACGGUCGACUGCAGUCGACCACAUGCUCAUCGCCAGCAGCAGUCGCAACAGCAGCAGCAACAGCAGCAGCAGCAACAACAACAGCCGCAUCAUCAAUUGCAAUCGAAUCCGUCUGUCCCAGGGGCACAUUAUUCGUCGACCCAGAGUCAACAAUCCUCAGCACAUCAUCACCAACCGCAAACACAGCAUCUCCAUCAAUCGCAACAACAGCAGCAGCAGCACCAUCAUCAUCACCAUCACCAUCAUCCGCAUCAUCCGCAUCACAAUCAAGCCACCAGCCAGCAGCAGCAGUCUCAAGCGGGCAAUCUACAGCAGCAACAGGUGCACCAGGUGCAGUUGCACCUCAGUGGCCAGUACAGUUCGCCGAGCAACAGUCUGCCUGCGCCAACGCCUUACUCGCAGCCGAGUCCAAACUUACAGCAGAGCACGUCCCCAAAUGCUCUAAACUACCACGUACCUGUGUCGAUGAACCACAUUUACAGUGCAUCGACACAAUCAUCUGGAGCUGAAAUCGAAGCCAUCAGUAACGUAGGGCAGCAUGUACAACCGCACGUCGGUCAGGACGCACAAUUGUUACCGGCACACUUGAAAUGUGGCAUGUGGGCUUCGCUGGCUCUGGCGACGGUGUUUGUAGCUGGCGCUAAAUUUUAUUUCGAUCAUCAGGGCACUGGCUUGGAAGUGUUAAUAUUCUGUGCAUUUUCGGCCACCUUCUUUCUGGCUGCCUGCACCGUAUCGCUCUGGAGACGCCCGCGCGACAUCCAGGUCGCGGGUAACAACAUGAUCUCGGAAACGAUUUCCAACGCCGAGCAAAGUUCGCUACAGAACAAUCCCGAAUUUCUAAGCAGUAACCCAUCACCGCUGCUGAACGGAAGUGCCGGAAGUGGCCCACUGACCGGGUUUGUGACGGGUAGCCUUCAGCCGGCGUCGUUGGCGAGCAUAGUGGCACCACCACCACCGUACCAUAUAGCGAUACUGCUGCCCGACACUUCGAAGGAAGCGGAAGAAACGCCUCCUCCAUCGUACGAUAAGGUAGUGAUUUAAUGAUAAUCGCCGAUUAGCGUGGAUUGGUGGCGAAUGAUGCCUGUACGCCUGUACAAAAUACAAAUUGCACGCCUACAUACAGUUCCCCCUCUUCUGGUAGUCAAUACAUAGUCUCUACACUAAUGUAGCAAGCGCGUCCCCAGGCAGAGCGCCAGGACGGACUGGAGCAGGCGAUCGAACGAAUGGAAGGCAGGACGACAGGUGCCAUAGUGUACUCGUCCACAUACGUGUAGUUAUUGCUCGUUAGGUUUAGCUGAUAGUUAUUUUUUACUUAAAAAAAUUGAAAAGACACAUGAGCGAAGCCAUGAGGCAUGAGCCGACUGCUCAAAGCGUGUACAACACGACGAAGCAUGGUUCCGGGUAUUAAUAGGCAAGAGAAGGGAUAGGAAAAGAGUCAUUCAAACACUAAUUGCAAUAGUUUGGUGCGAAUAAAUCAAGCCUAAGCCAAGCACUCAUUACGGCUAGUGGACUAGUAACACGGAACGUACCAGCGAAAUAUUUUUGCCACAGCGCAAACGUCAAACGUCAGGAUUCUCGGAGGAUGUCAGUGUCAAGCAAAGUGGUAGCAAACCGAUAUGUUCGGCUAUUAAUUAGCAAAACGCGUGAAAACCCCCAUACUGUACAGUGGAAGACGAGAACAAAAGUAUUAAGCGGUAUUCCUCUUUAUUUAUACUAAAUGAUUGAUCGUGCAGUAUGUUUUAAUAAAACUUUACCGACAAGACAGGCUACAUGUACCAAACUAUCUUCGGCACUGCACUUUCGACUCUAGAUUGCACUGCCCAUACACUGGAUCGUACGCGAGCCCGGCCGGGCAUUCGCGAUCCACGGCAACUCCCAUGAAACAUUGGACAAACUUUUGACAGUUACCAUCGAUCGCCAGGUUUACGAAACCGGUGGCGGGACAUUUAAUGCAGCCAGCUUUGCUGGGGUAAUCGCAUAGCUGCUUGUCAAAGUUAAAAUGGUAUCCUGAUGGGCAUACUAGCGGUGCGGCUAUACGGUUCACACAAGCCGUAUAAUAAUGGCAUCCUUUCGUGUCGGGUAGGAACGUGUUAGGGUUGACGUUUUGAGCACAAUUUUGUGCAUCGCCGAUCGUUACACUCAGCAAUGCGAUGCAGGCAACUGUGAGUGCUGGUUUUAUAAGUAGAAAAGUAACGGAACGCUGCAUUUGUUGGCUCUUGCAGGAUAAGGAACACAGAUUUUACAAAACCUACUGCCACUGUUCAUGUUCCUGUGUGAUUUCCUGAGUAGAAACGAAGCGUAAUGGGAGCAAAAACAGAGAACUGAAACUAACGUGGGUACGGCGAGCCCUAUUUAUGCUUUCAUGCGAAAGAAAUAAAAGAAAAUUGCACUCGACCUGCUGUGGUGAUUGUAAAUUCUAGAAAAAUCUGAUACGAUACCAAUAAACAACAAGGUUCGGUACCGAUACUGAUAA